AUGGGAAAUGAUGUAUCAUCAUCAACAGCACGAACACUUAUUCCACUUGAUGAUUCUGUUUGUUGGCAACUUUAUAAUGGAGUUAAUGAACGAUCGGAACCUAUUUCAAUUUUUAUUGCUAAACAAACAUUUUCUGUUGAAUGUCGACGAUCGAUUCAAUUUUUAAAAACUAUUCGUCAUCCAAAUAUAAUUAAAUUUUUCACUGGUUUUAAAACAUUUGUUGAUCAAGAUAGUUUUAUUGCUGAUUGUGUACAUCCAUUAGCAAAUAAAUUACAUACGAAUGAUAUUGAUUCAUCAGCUAAAAUUUGCUUAGGUCUUUAUCAAUUAUCUCAAGCAUUAGAAUUUCUUCAUGAAAAAGCAUCUAUUAGUCAUAAUAAUAUAUGUUUAUUAUCACUUUAUAUAUCUCUAAAUGGUAUAUGGAAAUUAGGAAAUUUUGAAUGUGCAUGUCGUUAUGAUAAUCUUAAUAAAAAGUAUCUAUCAUCAUUAAAAAUUAUUCGAGCUGAAGAAUGUAUAACACCUGAAGAAAAUGAAAAGGAUUCAACGGACUUCGAUAAAGAAGAACUUUAUGCUAUUGAUGUAUAUGGUUUUGGUAUAUUGAUUCGUAAUCUUCUGACAAUUGUUAAUGUUGAUGAUUCAUUAAAAAAUCUUUUGAAUGAUUUACAAAUAUCUCUUACUGAAGAAGAUCCACAAUCACGACCAACUUGGCAAAUGCUUCUUAAAACACAAUUCUUUCAAAUUGAUUAUAUUAAAGUAAUAGAACUUCUUGAUCGUCUACCGACUGUUGAUGAAUCCGAUCUUUCCAAUGUAGUCGAUUCUCUAUCAACAUAUCUCGAUAGUCUGGAUACAGAAUAUUUUAAUGAAUUAUUAAUUCGUCGUUUAUGUCUUCCAUUUAUGUUUCUAUGUUCAUUAACGAGAUCAAACAUCAUUCCAAGAAUAAUAAUUCCUAAAGAUAUUAAUAAUAAUUCAUGGAUUUCAAUUGAUCAAUAUCGUUUACAUGUUAUACCACAUAUAGUUGAUUUAUUUUCUUAUCAUGUAACAUGUAUACGAGAAACAUUACUUGAACAUUAUAAUUCAUAUUGGCAAUUGAUAGACAGAACAAUUGUAAUCAAUAUUAUUCUUCCACAACUUAUUUAUGGACUUAAAGAUUCAAAUAAUACAAUAUGUAUGUUAACAUUAAUUGCAUUAGCUUCAAUGGUGCCAGUCAUAGGUGCUGAUGUAAUUAUUGGUGGACAACGAAAACAAAUAUUUACUGAUAAAAUAAAGAAAGAGAAUGUUGCACUCGCAAAAACAGCAAAAGAUGUAUCUAGAACAAAUUCUCCAUUGUCAACACCAACAAUUCUACAGAAACCAAGAAAAACUAGUCCAGUUUCAACAAAUAAAACAAAACCACUUCGAUUGAAACCAACUUCUACAACAAAAACAAAAUCAAACACUAAUGAAUCACUUCAACCAGUUACCAUUUCUCCAGAAUACACAAAUGGAAAUCAUUUAUCAUUAAAUGAUUCUCUUCAAGAACCACAAACAACUGUCAUACAAAAUGGACUUUCUGAUGAACAUAUUCAAGAUGAUAUUGAUAAUGAUGAUGGUCAAUGGUCAGAUUGGGAACAUAAUCCAGAUCCAACAGAAUCAUCUAUCAAUGAUUCACAAACAUUACCUGAAACAUUAAUAUUAUCUUCACCAAUAUCUGAACAAUCAAUUCAACCAAAAUCUAAUACAUCGGCAUUAAAGCCUUUAAAACUUAUGAGUUCUUCAAAAUCAAAAUGGGAUCCGAAUGCACCAUUAGGUAGUGAAUAUGAAAUGCCAUCUGUUGUAUUAACAAAAAAGAAAUUAAUACAAAGUGAAACACCAGAAAAACAAGAUACAGAAGAUUUCUUUAAAGAUAUGACACCAAAAGUCGAAACAGUUGAAUUAAUGCAACAACUUGAAACAAUGUUUAAGGUUAAUAAAGAUCAUCCAAACGAACAGAUCAAAUCGACAAUCACAACAACAUCAUUUUCUAGUAAAUUCGGUAUUAUGUCACAAGAUCAAGGUGAAAAUCAAGAAAUAGAAAGUGGAAAUAAUAAUUGGGAUGAAUAG